CUGGUUACACAGUUUCCUUCCAAACAGCUGUUUUACACUUCAGUGUUUGAACAGGCAACUGUUGUUGUCUGCACUUUCUGUGUUGACAAUCUGAGCUCUUAUUGAACGUCGAGUUGAUCGAGUCGUUGUGCUGUGGUGGCUGUCAGUCAGUAACCAUGGAGCCCACCUGUCGCAAAGACAAAGCGAAGUUGAACUCCACUCCUACUCGCGGCGACAGGGCCAAGCAGAAAUCCGCCCAGCAGGAACUGAAACAACGACAACGGUCAGAGAUCUACGCCCUGAAUAAGGUGAUGACAGAGCUGGAGCAGCAGCAGUUUGAGGCCUUCUGUAAGCAGAUGCAGUCCCAGGGAGAGUGACUGACAACCUCCCAAUGGCAGCCCAGGACCAUAAACCCUAACCUUCAGCAGCCCUGUCCCACAGUUCAACUACAGUCUCAACCAGUAAAACAAGAGUAUUUCUUACAUAUCAUACAGACGUUGAGCUGUGAAUAUUGCUGAGCGAUUAACCGAGGGGUCAGUUAUUUAAAGUUUUUUUAAACAACAAAUUGAACUACUUGGGUUCAAUUAUUUUGAAUUCAAUUUUUUGGUUGUCUGUGCACAUUGCACAGUUUCUCUAGAGAUAUAUCAGAUCCUGUUUGAACUGUGCAAUGUAGUAGGGAGUUGUAGUUUCCAACAGGCCAAUAUUCUACUUAGUUUAGCGCAUAAAACGUAAUUAACUACAAUGACCAUAAUCCAUUGCGCAUUUACUUGUACAGUCUUUCUUUUACGCCUGCUACAAAAGAGGCAGAAGAAUGCACAAUCAUGAGGGGGAUAUAGAGAGCAGUUGUUACUUUCCGAGGUAUCUCUACCUGAAAAUAAAUUAUCUAUUCUAAGUGAUUGAUAGUUGGUAUUCAGCAGUCAUAAAAGUAUGCCUUUUUUCCUUUGAAGAACUACAAAAUAGAGAUUUUGUCAGAAAGCAUAUGCAGCAGCUCUAUAAAGAUGAGCUGCUGACUUGGAAUGAAAUAAGUCAUAAAACAAAUGUAAUAUACACAACUGAAAUUGUGAAUAAAUGGUUAUUAAGUGAUAAGCAGUAAUGAGCAGUUACUACCAUCAUGGGACUUUGAUUCAUUGUUUUAUUCUGUAUUACAGCAUUCAACCCAAAUACUCAAAACCGAAAUCCAAAACCUUGAUUAUUUUUUUAAUAAUCAAACCGAACCUGAAACGACCUCAAAAAGCACUCAUUGUUUAGCACUAACUGAAUCAUUUGCUGAGGGAUAUUUCCAUCCUGGUCCUGUUAUGCAGUGGUCGCCAUAGACAUGAUAAGAAUCAUGUGGAUCACUGGUGGUGUACUCUCCUAUUGCCUCUCCUGUCCUCAUGCGCUGAAACGGUUGUGUUUUCUGGUAUGUGCAAUGUUGUCACUGUGCCAGUCAAAACAGUUUUAGUGCAUGGAGUAUAAGGACAAUAACACGCAGACAGACUCAAACACUCUGGGGAUACAGCCAUUGGUUAUCAACAUGCUCCAUAUGUUGUCAUAAGUGGACAUGCGUUGCAUUGUGAAUGUAACAAGACAAGACUAAUGGCAUAUUCUAAACAAAAAAAGAAACGUCCUCUGUCAACUGCGCUUAUUUUCAGCAAACUUAACAUGUGUAAAUAUUUGUAUGAACA